AUCCCCCAAAACCCUUCUCCCUCUUGCCGCCGCCAUGAAGCGGAAGCAGAGCGCCGCCGCCGCCGCCGCCGAAGUCGACGCCGACGAGCCCUCCCAGGCCCCGCUGCCCCUCGACGACUACUCGGGCGACGUCUGCGCCGCCCUCACCGCGCGCUACGGCCGCUCCGCCUCCGCGCAGCACCGCCACCUCCUCGCCACCGCCGCCGCCAUCGGCUCCAUCCUCACCGACGACGGGCGCCCCCUCACCGCCGAGUCCUACCUCCCCGCCGUCGUCUCCGCGCUCCGGGCCGCCGGCCCCUCUGACCCCGCCGCCGCCGCCGCCCUCGCGUCCCUCCUCGUCAUCCUCAUCCCCCACAUCUCCUCCCUGCCGCCGGCCUCCGCCUCCGAGCCUGCCUCCUCGCUCGCCGCCUUCCUCGCCUCCCCUGACGCCUCCAAGCUCCCGACCGGCACGGUGCGCUCGGUGGUCAAGUCGCUCGGCCAGCUGGCCCUCCAUCUCGACGCCGCAGCCGAUUGGGGCGCUGUCGCCGCGCCUCUGGAGGCUCUCCUCGCUGCCUCUGUGGAUCAGCGGGCCAAGGUCCGAAGAUGCGCGCAGGAGAGCGUGGAGAAGCUAUUUUCUUACUUGGAGCGUUCCGGUUGUGCGAAGAAAGCUAGCAGUUCUGCAAUCGACUUGUUUGAGAAACACAUUUUGUCGGUGAGAAGUCUUGCCAAGUUGGAUUCAGACGCUUCCGAGGCUAAGGAGACGGAGGCAGUUCAUAUGCUAGGCGCGGUGGCAGUUUUAAUUCCAUAUCUAUCUAAGAAGGCAAGGAAGACGGUUUUCUCGGGUGCUUAUCGGCUAUUGAGACCCCGUUUUAGCCCACUAACAAGGCAUGUCCUCAGGCUUAUGGAGACCUUGUUGGAGCAUCUUAAGGCUGAGAAUAUUGAGUCGGAGUUGGAGAAGCUCAUCUCCUUAGUGUUGGCUUACCUGCCUUACGAUGAGAAGAAGCCUGAUGAUACCAUCACCGCAGCAUUACAGCUGAUGAGAAAUUGUUUAGGGAAACUGGUUGGUUGCCCAAAAUUGUGGACAAAGGUUCUUCCGUCUGCAUUCGAGGCAGCUUCAGGAUAUCUAAUUCUGGACAGUAAAUGUUCUGAAGAUGUAGCGGAACUGUUAAUACAGUGCAUCUAUUCUCAUGCCGACCAAAGUAUUUUUGUGACUAAGGAAUCAGGGUGUGAUGCUGAAGAUUCGAUCGAUGGGGCUGCCAUCAAAUCAAUCUGUUUGUCUAUCAAUAAAAAACUUAGAAAGUGUGCUUCUCCUCCUCAAAAUGUGUUAAAAAUUGUCUUGGCUAUGUUUCUCAAACUCGGGGAGAGUUCUUAUGUCUUUAUGAAAGAUAUCCUACUAACUUUGUCACGGCUUGGUUCGAAAAUACACAAAGAACCACACCUGAAGAAUGUUGAGGAGUGCAUUGGGGCAGCAAUAGUUGCUAUGGGGCCAGAUAAAAUUCAUUCUCUACUUCCACUAUCUUUUGAGGAGGCUUGGUUUACAUGCUCAAAUAUGUGGAUUGUACCCAUUUUAAACAAGUAUGUUUAUGGGGCCUCACUACAACACUUUUUAGAGUACAUUGUACCACUAGCAAAAUCUUUACGAGAGGCUUCAAGCAGGGCCAAAAAAGCACGGAAAUGUAAGGAAUUGCAAGGUUGGAGUGAUCAAUUGUGGAAUUUGCUUCCUGCCUUCUGCCGCUAUCCGUCUGAUGUAUAUCAGAAUUUUGGUUCCUUGUCCAAACUGCUGCUAGAGAUGCUGAAGUCUGAUCGGUGUCUCUACAAACCCGCUAGUAAAGGCCUGCAGCAACUUAUAGAUGGAACUAGAAGAUUAAGCAGCAGUGAUGAAGACGUAGAAGUCCCUGCAGAAGUUUCAGCCUUGUUCUCCUCAAAGACUAGUAACUUAAGCUGUGUAAGCUUACAACGGUGCUCUAAAAAAGAUGCUCGUAAAAGCAUGAAAGUCUUGGCAUCACAUUCUGUGGAUCUUCUUUGCACUUUUGCAGAUGAUUUCCUUGAAUCAUCAGAAAAGCGUGCUCAUUUAAAGGAUGCGCUGAGAUCCCUGGCUCAAAUUUCUGGCAGCGCAAACAUCUGUAACCUUUUUCUUUCACUACUUAAAAAAUGUGGUUUGGAAGAUACUCCAUCGACACCAGAGAAUCUAGAAUGUGAAGCAAAUGAGGUAGAUGGAAAGGGCGAAGAGAAUACUGAUUCAACAGUGGAGAUAAAUAAUAAGAGGUCACUUCUGAUGGAACUCAUUUCAACACUAGCUGAAGCUGCUGAUGAGGAUGUUCUUGAUUUGUUUUUUGGAUUCAUCAAAUCUUCUUUACUGGAUAGCAGCAAGUCAUGUGAGAGCAAAGCUCUCUUCGCAUUAAGCACAAUUUUGAAGGAACACCAUGAAUAUUCGUUAGCCCAGUUGGAUGAAAUAAUGAUGCUUCUUCAUGGAAUAAAGCCAGAUUCUAACAAUGCAGUUUUAGAAGGUCAAUUAGUAUGCUACAAGUAUCUGUUGGUUCACAUGAUUAAGGUUAAUGAAGAGAGCACAAGCAAGAAGGCAUUCUUGAUUCUAAAUGAGUUGAUACUUGCAUUGAAGUCUAAGAAGGAAAGUAGAAGACUAGCAUACGAUGUACUCCUGGCUAUUAGUACUAGCUUGAGGAAUUCUGAAUUGAAUAACGGAGAUUCAGAUCUUCAACGGCUAUUCACAAUGGUGAUGGGAUAUCUUUCUAGUCUGUCUCCUCACAUAGUGAGCGGAGCAAUAGCUGCAUUAUCAUUGCUUAUAUACACUGACGCUGACUUCUGCGUGGAAGUUCCAAAUUUGAUACCAUCAGUCCUAGUUCUGCUGCAAAAUAAAGCUAUUGAAGUAAUUAAGGCAUCUCUGGGGUUUGUUAAGGUGUUGGUAACAUCUUUGCAAUCAGAAAAACUGUUGGGUUUGCAAGCAGAUAUCAUGACUGGCAUAUUACCAAUGUCAUCUGUUACAAAGCACCAUUUCAAAGGGAAGGUUAUACUAAUAGUGGAAAUAUUGAUCAGAAAAUGUGGAUUUGAUGCUAUUGACUUAGUUACACCUGAAAAGUACAAGGAGUUUGUUAGAAGUGUUGAAGAGGGCCGCAAGGGGAAUAAUAAUAAUCCAGCAGAUGGUGCACAGUCCGAGGCAAAAGAUCCCGAGCAUCAUGCUCCAAAGAGAGGAAAAUGGGCCGAUUCUGAUGCGGAGCCUUUGCAAGACGAAGUGUCAACCGGAAAGAAGGAAUUCUUCGUCAAAGGGGCAGGGAAGCCUCACUUCCGGGGCGGUAGAGGUAGAGGUAGAGGCAGAGGCCAGCAGCACGGCAGAGCAUCAGGCGACAGAGGUAGUUUCAGAUCCAGAUCCGAAGCGCAAUCAGGAGACGGCCAGAGCAGCAGAGGCGGCAGGCCACGGGGUCGCGGCGGGUUCAACAGGACGCGAGGCCGCGGCGGUGGGAUGGGGCCGUCCAGCCACUCCCCUAGAUUCAAGAAGCCCAGCACCGCGGCGGCAUCGCAGCGGCGGCGGCGGCGUCUCCGUGUCCGGCGGGCGGCCAUGGCGGUGGCGGCGCCGGGGCAGCUGAACCUCGACGAGUUCCCCUCCUGGGGCUCCCGCGGCGUCGACUGCUUCGAGAAGCUCGAGCAGAUCGGCGAGGGCACCUACGGGCAGGUGUACAUGGCCAAGGAGACGGAGACCAACGAGAUCGUCGCGCUCAAGAAGAUCCGCAUGGACAACGAGCGCGAGGGCUUCCCCAUCACGGCGAUACGCGAGAUCAAGAUCCUCAAGAAGCUGCACCACCAGAACGUCAUCCAGCUCAAGGAGAUCGUCACCUCCCCAGGCCCGGAUCGAGACGAGCAAGGGAAGCCAAUCGACGGUAACAAGUAUAAGGGGAGCAUCUACAUGGUCUUCGAGUACAUGGACCACGACCUCACCGGGCUCGCCGACAGGCCCGGGAUGCGCUUCACCGUGCCGCAGAUCAAGUGCUACAUGAAGCAGCUGCUCACAGGCCUGCACUACUGCCACGUCAAUCAGGUGCUGCAUCGAGAUAUCAAAGGUUCGAACCUUUUGAUAGACAAUGAGGGUAACCUCAAGCUUGCUGAUUUUGGGCUUGCGAGGUCAUUCUCCAGUGACCACAAUGGCAACCUGACUAACCGUGUCAUCACAUUAUGGUAUAGACCUCCAGAAUUGCUUCUUGGAAGCACAAGGUAUGGUCCAGCUGUUGACAUGUGGUCUGUGGGCUGUAUUUUUGCCGAGCUUCUUAAUGGAAAGCCAAUCCUGCCAGGAAAGAAUGAGCCGGAGCAGCUGACCAAAAUUUUCGAGCUUUGUGGCACCCCUGACGAGUUAAUCUGGCCUGGUGUCACUAAGAUGCCAUGGUACAACAACUUCAAGCCUCCCCGAGUAUUGAAGAGAAAAGUUAAAGAUGCCUUUAAACAUUUUGACCGGCAUGCUCUGGACCUGUUGGAGAGGAUGUUAACUUUAGAUCCAUCUCAGAGGAUACCAGCGAAGGAGGCACUUGAUGCAGAGUAUUUCUGGACUGAUCCCUUGCCAUGUGAUCCGAAAAGUUUGCCGUCAUAUGAAGCAUCACACGAAUUCCAGACUAAGAAAAAACGUCAGCAGCAGAGGCAAGCAGAGGAAGCUGCAAAGCGCCAAAAAAUAAAUCAUCCUCCCCCACAUUCUCGCUUGCCUCCGAUCCAGCAUCCAGGCCAAUCGCACCAGAUCAGGCCUGGCCAUGCGCCACCUGUGGCAGGUGGCCCGAGCCACUAUGCAAAACCUCGAGGACCUGGAGGGCCUAACAGGUACCCGCAAGGUGGAAACCAAGGCGCAGGCUAUAAUAACCCGAACCGCGGAGGGCAGGGCAGCGGCUACGGGAGCGCCCCGUAUCCUCAGCAAGGCAGAGGACCUCCUCCGUUCCCUGCAGCAAGUGGUCCACGUGGUAGUGCUGGCAGUGGAUAUGGAGUCGGCGGGCCAAAUUACCCACCAGGUGGUCCGCCAUAUGGCACGUCUGGUCCAGGUCGAGGAGGCCCGAACUAUCCUCAAGGCGGUUCUCGCAAUCAGCAGCAGUAUGGUAGCUGGCAAUAAUAUUUGUCAUGUCGUGAUGACACGCCCCUCCAGUUGGAGUAUUUUUUAUUUAUAGAAUGUUUGCUGUUCAAAUUCUGCUUUCUGUGAUUGUUGCGCAACAGCUCUUAAGGUACGUCCUUUAUGAUUCAAGCUGUAUUUUAUCAAUGUAUAAACUGAGAUUGUAGCAGAACAGGCUAUUGAAGUGUGUCGUUUAUGAUUCAAUUUGUAUGUUAUGAAUACACGAAAUGUAUAAUCACCUUAUGAUUCAUGCUGUAUGUUA